GAUGAAGCGAGUUUCAUUUUCUCUCGCGAUCUAGUACUUCAUUAUCGUUUGCCAUUUCUGAGGCGAUCUGGAUCUUGAUCUGCAUACUGUAAGUAUUCUCAAGUUGUACAGAUCUAACUUUGCCAAGUAGCUCGGUCGGGAACUACUUUCACAGUCGAGGAUAUCGGUAUACUUUUGUGUCUUAUUCCUUUUUGAAUCUCGAGCCUCGAAGAACAGCAAGCCCAUGUCGUCAUCGCCGGCAAUUGUUGCAGAGUUGAUGUCACAUUUCUUAUUCUUGCCACUACAUUUCUUGAAGUGGCCGCGGCUGCGCUCCCUGCCCGCACAUCUCAUGGUCUGGACAAUGGGAACGACGCUUGCGGCGUUACUCUUCGUUUGCGGGGGCGAAAAUGUGCAGGAGGUGAAGGCCAACGAGGAGCAUGCGCUUGCGUUCCACCAAGGUGGUACGUCGAGAGGGCAUACGCUGGCAGAUGAAGAUCACAGCCCACUGGCGGCGCUGCAACGGCCCGGAGGCGAACAGUCCUCGCAGCUGCUUUCCGACCGCGUUCCUGCGCUCUCCAAAGGUAGUAGCGAGGAGCAGAACGAGGUGCGGACGCCGGAAGACGAUGUCGUGGCGCCAGCAUAUUUCGAGCACGAAACACUGCGACCACCGCUGUUCGAGGGCGCGCAGUUUGAUACAGCGGAAGAGUUUCUGCAGAGCAAUGCAGAAGUACAGUAUGCGUCUGAAGGGUGGUCGGCUACGCGGGUCGGGAACGAGGAGCAACAGGAACGCCGACAGACGAGAACUCCCUCUACCUCCCCCACCAACGAAAACGACAUCGAGGAUCUGGGUAGAGACUUUGUGGACCACAAGCAGCAGGAGUGGCUUCAGAUUGGAGGAUAUGCCGCAGCAAAAAAGAGAAGCAGAGCCGCGGAUGCCACUGCCAUGGGAGGGCCGAGUGAGGACCUACGACUUCCGAUGGAGCAGCAAAUUUUCCAGAUGCAGCAGGAGAUGGCAAUGCUCCGGGCGGAGAUGCAGCAGAAGAUUGCAAUGCUCGAGGCGAACGCCACUGCCUGCAUGAACAACGUGACCGACCUUGUGAGCGCGAGCACAGAUAUUCGCCACGCCGGGGCGGUCGUGGAGGAGGCUAGUGGACUGCUUUUGGCGCAGAUGUUUACUGUGUGGUGGGUGGAUUACACUGGCGCUGUGGUGUACCUCCUUUCCGGGUUCGCGGCUUUGCUCAUUGUCGUCGCACUGCCGGUUCGCUUGGUCUUUUUUCCCAGGGAAUACAGCCAACAAGAGGAAGUAGAAUCGGAGGGCGGCGGGGAUGUCACUCCGGAACCAGAGCAGGGGGCAACCGCCGUGGCAGAUGGUGACCAAGCAGACCUUGUUUCGGCCGACCGCCCGAAACCACCGCCGGCGAAGCCGGAGAAGUACUGGCUGCUUCCCUGGGAUUUCGCCAGGAAAGGAACUUUGUCAAGUGUAUGUCAGCGAGGGGACAGCACGGAGGGCAAGAUUUUCACCACAGGUCUAGUGAUAGCCGAAAUUUGUGCACUGCUCUCGCGCUACACACUGAUCGUGUACGAUCGCAGCUGUGCGGGCUUUGCUACCGUGGUGGAUCAAGAACUGGACAGUAUAGGCACCGAGCGAUCUAUCGAUCUGGCGCUUCGUGUGGUUUGGCUGAUCCUUCCGCCUCUCCUCAUGAUCAUCACGGCUGCGGUGCCGGGCAACAGUUUCAAGGUGAAGGGUCUGGACGCAGCUCCGACGACGACGGCAGGCAAUGCAGCAGGUCCGGGAGGUAGCGCCACCCGAAAUCGUGUGACGGCGAUCCACGAGGACGAUACUCGGAUAUGGUCGCAGGCACUGCAUCGAAGUGUUUUGGCCGCAGUUGGGCUGCGGUUAAUUUUUGAAACGCGGCAGUUGUUCCGCGAGCCUCUCGACGUCUCCGGCGUACUGUUUGGGGUGUCGGAUUCGUUGGACCUGGACGAGCAACACGACCUACAUUUUUGGGUGGAUCUUUCCGAUCAGCGAGUCGCGGCCCGAUGCGGCAGCGACGCUCAUCGGGCAGCCUGGGCGCAGGCCUAUCGCGGCUAUUACUUGGGCCGAGUGGUGUGGCUCUUUCUCGGGUGGGCCUUUUCACUACUAUUCCUUGCCCUAAGCCUUGCGUGCGCAUUGCAAUAUCGACACGCCGAGGACCGUUCAGCCAAAGACCGGGACCGUCUGCACGCUGCGGCCUAUCUCGAAGACGUUCGCUUGGUUCCGCAAUCGGCGAGCCUGAUUCUUCCGCGGCUCUCGUUUGCAGCCGAAAUUCUUGCCAUGCUCACUGUGCAAGCGCUACCCUUCUGGCCCGUUCUUCUGAAGGUAAUGCGGCAUGGGCAAGGUGCUACUUGGAACCCGCCACUGACACCCCUCGAUGUUUUGCUUAGAGUAUCGUUUGAGCACUUGUCGUGGAGGCAGAAUCUAUCACAAUGCGGGCAUUACUUUGAUACGGACAAGGACUGUGGCAACGAUAUGUUGACGGCACAGUUGUGGUUUUCACAACCUCCGGUUAGAUAGUGGCUAACUUCAAACUUCUGUGCAGGCCAUAUGAAAUUGCAACAACAGCUGCGCAGUGGAAACUGAGGAAGCUUUCGACUUUUUGUAAUUCACCUGAGAUCUACUACUACUUCAUGUUGUAGCACUGCGCAGAGUCACUUAACUUGAGGCGUGGAAAGAGAUGCGA